AUUGCCCCACUUUUUCUUUUUUUAUAGUUAGGAAUUGAAUACAGUUUCAGGAGAUUUAUAACAUUCAUACAUCCUACUCAAUCAACUGAUUAGACCUUGCUAUUGCCCACAUUUUCUAUAUACUUUUGAAUUGUCUUCUCCCUUUUCACCCCCUCUCCCCUCAAAAAAUCUAAAGACACAAAACACCCUCCUAUACUCUAUAAUGGUUUCUUCUAAGAUCUUCUUCCUUUUUCUCCUCUUUCUAGCACACCUUCAUCAACAUGCAUCUGUGGAAGGAGAUUCCAGUUUGAUAAAGAGAACUUGCAAGAACACCAAGUACUACAAUCUAUGCUUCUCUUCCCUCAAAUCUGAUCCAAGCAGUCCAAACGCAGAUCCUAAGGGCCUAGCUGUGAUCAUGAUUGGAAUAGGAAUGACCAAUGCCACUUCCACAUCCUCCUACUUGUCUUCAAAGUUGCCUACCCCCUCCAACAACACAACCUGGAAAAGGGUCCUCAAGGAGUGUGCUGAUAAGUACUCCUAUGCUGGUGAUGCCCUCCAAGAUUCGGUGCAGGAUUUGGCUAAUGAGGCUUAUGACUAUGCUUACAUGCACAUCACUGCCGCCAAAGAUUACCCAAAUGCUUGCCACAACGCUUUCAAACGGUACCCUGGUUUGGUUUAUCCUCGUGAUCUUGCUCGUAGAGAAGAUGGUUUGAAGCAUAUAUGCGAUGUGGCAAUGGGGAUUAUAGAUAAUCUUGAUUGGUAGGUGCAUGCAUUUGAGUAUAUAGCUUCCAGUUUGUUAUGCAAACCAUGUUAUAUCUCUGGUGUUAUGUUUGGCUACCUUGUAUCUUGUUAAUUAUGUUCUUGGUAUAAUAUAUUGGACAUAAAUGUUUUAGUCUUUUUGAAUUUAAAUAACGAGCUUAAGGUAUUUAUUUA